GUCACUAUUGCUCGAAUUUUCUACGAAUCACUUGCACCUAUUUCUGACAAACCUUAAUUUUGUACUAAGUCUAACAAAAUGUCCCUCGAACAGCUGAAGGCCGAUGUCGCCGAGUGCGCCGCAUUGCUGGAGCACGCGAAAAGUGCGCGUGUUAAAGGCGCGCUAACCCAGGCCAAAGCCGAGGCGGAGCGCGAAAUAAUCAAUUUGGAGAUAAAAGCACGACUGGCGGCUGAGCGGCAAGCUGGCGCAGAUUCCAAGCGAUAUCUGCAUGAGCUGACGGAUUACGGCUGGGAUCAGAGCUCCAAAUUUGUCAAAUUAUUUAUAACACUCAACGGCGUACAGAAUUGCGCCGAGGAGGCGGUCACCGUCAAGUACACGGAUCACUCCUUGCAGCUGCACGUGAGCGAUCUUAAUGGCAAAGACUUCGGUCUGACUGUCAACAACCUGCUUUAUGCCAUCGACAUUGAGAAGAGUUACCGCAAGCUGAAAACGGACAUGGUGGCGAUAUAUCUGAAAAAGGUCGAGGAGGGGCAGAGCUGGGACGUGCUGACGUCCAUACAGAAGCGACUAAAGCAGAAGCAGGACAACGAGCUGGCCAAAGAGAGCGAGAAUCCCGAGGGUGCUCUGGUCAACAUCAUGAAGAAAAUGUACAACAGCGGCAAUUCAAAAACAAAGCAAAUGAUUGCGAAAGCCUGGACCGAGAGCCAGGAUAAGGCACGCUUUGGCUCGGAAGUUGGCGGUCUCGGCAAUCUCGGCGAUUUAUAAUUAGUAUUUAGUUUUAAAUGAGUCCAACAACGAAAUACAUUAUAUAAAAUAU